ACGCAGCGUCCAAGCUUUGAAACUCCCGUUUUUUUGAUACACCAAAAUAACCCGCAGCAUCAUCGACCAGGAGCUAGGCAGAAUCGACGGCUCACCAAAAAAAAAACAAAAAAAAAUUAAUUCAGUUUCGGACACCAUGCUGCCGCUGGGCCUUCUCAAUGCCGCCGUCGGCCAUCCGAUGCUGGUCGAACUGAAGGAUGGCGACACGCUGAACGGGCACCUGCUGUCGUGCGACACGUGGAUGAACCUCGUCAUGAAGGAGGUGAUCCAGACGAGCGCGGAGGGCGACAAGUUCUUCAGGCUGGAAGAGGCCUACGUGCGAGGGAACAAUAUCAAGUACAUCCGGGUCUCGGACGACAUCGUCGAUGCGUUGAAGGAGCAGCAGCAGAAGGAGCAGGCAAGCCGCGCCCAGCAGCAGGGACGCGGUGACCACCAGCGUGGAGGCUUCGGCGGUCGCGGCGACAGAGGCGGCAGAGGAAGAGGUGGCAGGGGUGUUCGUGGCGGCAGAGCUCGCGGCUCAUAAUCCACCGGCUCUGCAGGUUAAAGGGCUUUUCCCGCGACGAUGACACGGCUACGCUCUCAGGACAGCGCAAAGCCACGGCCCCAAGGGCUCGAGACGUGCUAGCCGGCGUGAAUUCACGACGUCCACACGAUUGGAUUGGGGAGCACGCGCUCGGGGUUUGCAGACGCACGACAGCGUGUGGCGAGAAAACAAGAAAAAAGACAGGAAGACGAAGAGAAGGAGAAUAAUUUCUUCCAUUUGGUUAUUAUCUCCAAUGUCUGGUGAUCUACCUGUAUCAUAUACCCCGAAUUGCACAUCCAGACACCGUCGCUUCCGUGAUCCUCCAGCCGGUAUGCAUUCUGGAAAGUCCCUGACUGCACCUAACGAAAGACCAAAACAACGACAGCAAAACAACAAGAAGAGUAGGCCGUGACUGCUGUCUGAAGAGUGUGGAAUUAAACCCCUAACUCGCGUACAUAUAUAUCCAAUUCGUGUGGCACACGAACGCGCCAACUAGUAGAAAGAAAGGUGCAAAAUAGUAACAAGUCGGUCUGAUUGCUUUAAGAUGUGGUAAAGUUGGGCUGAGAGGUGGUCCGUUAGGUGUAGCUUCUCAUGGCAUCGAGAUAU